CCUCGUAUGUGCUGAGCUGUAAUGUCAUAUGAAUGUAAUCUCAGCAGUGUGUCAGAGGCGAGGUGAUAGAGGAAUAUAUAUUAGCAAACAUCGCUGGUCAAACACGACUGACCAUUAGAAAGCAACACGGAAGAAACCAGAUAACUCAGCGAAUAGCGACAUCAAAAGGAACCAAGUUUUAACGAUUCCACCGCGUUUAGUUAUUUAUUUUUUUAUUUAUUACUUUGUAAUUUAGCAGUUAUGGGGCAAGAGAAAACGAAUCCCGGUGACAUGGACAGCAACCUUCGGCGUCUAAAACAUGAACUGUCAGGUGAGGGUCUCCAAGCUCAAAGGAAUUCUGUGAUCGGUGCUCUCCAGGAGCUCAAACUCUUGCAGGUCCAGACUGCACUGAAGGAGCUGGAGUUCUCCAGUAAAAUGAGCCAGGCCUCUUCACACACUCACACAAUGCUCGAUCAGAUAAACCACAGUUCAAUAAUAACCCACCUGAACCGAACACAGAACCCAGAAGAAAUUCUUUCACAAGAAUGUUCCAAGACUGAGCUUAUCAUGGAACCGUCUUUGUAUCUCACGAGUUCUCCAGCAGAGAACUGCCAUACUCCCAUGGUACAUGAACCCAGGAGGGUUUACCGAGGAAGUCUGAGCACUUCUUCCUCUUUUUCCUCUCAGGAACACACAAUCGACAACGAUUUCUCUACAUACGAUAUCGACGACUCCACUGAUUGGACAGCCUCAUUGAUGAACCACAGUAGAAACAGACAGCCAUUGGUACUGGGCGACAAUGUUUUUGCUGAUUUGGUCGGGAACUGGCUGGACCUGCCUGAUGUUGGAGGCCAGACAACAGGUAAGGAGCAGAAUGACUUCAUUCUUAAAGACACUCUUUCGGAGUCAUCAUCUAGCAGUCACUCUCAAGAUAUCUCCAGGAAACUCUCAAUAACAGCAAGCAUCUUCAAACGUGUCCUACGUCGCGUUCGGCCACAGCACCAGCGAGAAAGCAAAGCAACGGAUAUCUGUAAACAACCAAAGAUCUCAUGCAGAAAGUCAAAAUCAGAUGUCAGCAACCCGUUCUGGAUGAGAACGAGAGGAAUGAAGAUGAAAACCACACCCACCCAACAAGAGGGCUCAGAGGGCUUGAUAGACAGAGGAUGGGCGGAAAUUGUAGAGAAGCAUCCAUCUGUGUUUGAUUACAGCUCAGCUGUGUGGGUCUGAUAUAAUUCUACAUGGAAGAGACUGUUACACAUAUUAUUAGCAAUUGUUAGACAUAAUUAGUGGACUUUUUGCUAAAAAUUGUUGUAAAAGUGAACUUCGAGUCACGAUGCUGCCUUUAAAUGCACCUAGGAAAGUCAGCCAUUUGUUACUGUAACAUAUUCAAGUCAAAGGUAGUCUGAACAAUAUAUUUAUAUGCUGAACACCAAACCCAAAUAACUAGAUAUGAAUUGAAAAUGAUAACAAUAAAAACAUUUCUAUCUUCAUGGUAAUUAUGUAAACUUAAUGUAAAGCAAUGUAAAAGUUGAGAUAAACACCAUUCACAACAGACUUGCUUGCCACUUGCCGAUGUAUUGUCCUAAUAUUGUAUUGGAAAUAUUGUCCUUCACCCUCAAGUGAGAGGAGUAGCACAAACUACUGAUUCCAAAGAUAUGUUAGUCAAACAUUUCUGAAAUGCAUUUGUAUGUUUUUUGUUUGUUUUUGGUAAUGUAAGCAUGGCAGAGCAAAGAAAACUGUAUUAAUAGAGUCACAUUGUGCUGCCCACUGUGUUUUUGUGAGAUCCCUUGAGAACCUAAUGCUGUUUCUGCUGAUGUUUGUAUCUCUGUUUAGGUUAAGGCCUAACUGUCAGUCAUUCUAUGAAAAAGUCCUGAUUGGUGCUUUUUCACAAAUGUCUUACUCAUGUCUUAGCUUUGCAAGCAUAAACCUGCUUUGUAUUGAACAGAAAAACUAUGCAAUGAUCCUUAACUGCCAUGCAAAAAUGAAAAUGGCAUAUUCAAAUACCUGCGUUUUCUCAGCACCUUCAUGUUUUCUGUAAGAUAUAAAUAUAUGGCUGUUGGUCCUGCAAUAGUCUCUAUACCUGUUUUCAGAGCUAUUUAAUGAUGUGGGAUACUUUUUAUAAAAAAAAUAUAUAUAUUUGCUUUAGUCACGCCUCAUCAAUCUUUAUGAAUCUUUUUAUUUUAUUUUAUGCAGCAUGUAAUCUGGUGUGCACCAAGUAUGAAUCACCUAUAUUCAUACUUAGGAGGUUUGUAGAAAAAUGUAAGAUAAGUGGAAUUAUUUAUUUGGCUUUGUGUUAUAUCUGUAUCUACAGUACACAAAAUGAGCCACACUGA